AGAGCGGAGAUAAGACUUUUUACCGGUGCUACCUAGAUAGAAUGGCCUCAAUUUACAUUUUAAUCGGUCGCGCAACGUGAUUGAUGUCUUUGCCCCUCCUCUGAGUUGUACUGCUUUGUAAAUGGCCGACAUGCUAAAAGAUAUAGACGGGCACGCACUUUGAGGAUCGGUGCCAGAGUCGAGAGAUAGAUAUAUUUUCUUUAUGUUUAUGCAUAGGUCACCAACAAACUAUGACAACAACAACAAUGUUCAAGCCAGCUCACUUAGAGGGCACUGUUGACGAUGUCUGCAGCUGCCAGAUCUGCUUUGAAGAAUUUAAUCCCGAUCGCCAGCCCAAGUUCCUCCCUUGCUCACACACUUUCUGCCUGGCUUGUAUACAGAAGCAUGCGGAGGCCCACAACUCUGUGGUUUCUGGUGCCAAGUUUCCCUGCCCAAUGUGUAGACUAGAUGUCUCUGUACCAGCCAACGGCCUGCAAAACCUGCCCAACAACAUCUACAUUGGGAAAGUCUUGGAUGUGCUAGAGCAACAGAGUUUCCAGUCGUCUCUUUCGCCACUGUACGGGGACCAAGCACGUGAAGUGUGCGACAUCUGUAUGUUGGAGGGUCGGGUGAAAGAGGCAACUGUUCACUGCUUUGACUGCGGUAAGAAAUUUUGCUUUGAGUGCACUGCAGAGCAUACCAGUACAGCAGGGUUUGGGAACCAUAAAGUCAACCUGGUGGUAAGAGAUCAGGCAAAGUGUGACAGUCAUCCACAAUUUGACGUAUCGACCUACUGUCGCGAUCAUGACUGCUGUGUGUGCGUCGCAUGCACCAUGAAACAGCACAAGACGUGCACCCUUAUCUCUGUUGGCACUUUUAUAGACGAAAAGAAAACCAGCAUGGAGGCGCUGCUGGAGACGUGCAAAGGCAAACUUGGAGGUAUGAACGAAAAGGUCAGCGCAAGCACGGCAAAGUUACGAGAGUUGAAUGCGCAGAUGGUGAAGUUGCAGCAGUGUAUGGAGAUAACGAAGGCCAACAUCAACAGGGAGAGAGGUAUCCAGGAGGAGCUGGUGGAGUCGGCCAAUGAACUGACCCAUGUGGUCAAAUUUGCUGAACAGUCUCUGACCAAGGCCACCAGUGUGGAGGAGACAGUUAUCACACUCUGCCCCUUGGAGAAGAGUCUUCAAGUUUACCUCAGUGAUGGAACAAUCCCAGCAAUCCCAUCCAUCCAUUCUCCCCCUGGACCAAAGACAGCUGUGGAUGCUGCUCCUCUUGCUGAGGAAGCCCCCUAUGAAUGUGUGCGUGCGAUGUGGCUACCUGAUGAUGUGGUGUAUGGAAAUGUGAGCUACGGUGACUGCUAUGGCAGGAAGGGAUCCACUGUUAUAUUUGAUGUGCAGACUUCUCCAGAUGGAUUCACGGCUUUUGUAGACGUGGAAAACAGGCAACUUGUGAUAUUUGACCCAAAGGGCAAAGCCACUGUAGUCUGGAGACACUUGCAGAGCUGUCACAUGGUUAACAGUGCCAGCAGUGGUGUGAUUUCUCCAAGACUGUGUACCAGUGUAACAUGGGUAAAGCUAGAUGGUGUGGAAGGUUUUGCUGUGAUCCUGUUGGAAACUGAACAGAAGAAAUCGUGGCUGGGGGUGCUGGCAGGUACUGAAACACACCACAAACUCAAGGUGUUUACUCCACAGGGGAUUGUCAGGAAAACUGUGGUUCUUGACCAGAAAGCCAGACUAGUAUCCCCGUCUGGUUUGGCAGUAACCAAGCACCAACAAAUCAUAGUCUCUGACCUGGACAAGAACUGUCUGUUUUUCUUUGACAAAUAUGGUAACCUGGUACGCACCUUUGGCUCUUACGGUAAUGGCGACGCCCAGUUUGAUAUGCCAUUGUAUCUAUCGACAGACAAGGAGGCGCUGUACAUUUCAGACAGUUUAAAUAACUGCGUCAAGAUGUUCACUUUUAGUGGGGACUUCCUGGGAAAGAUUGGCAAGCCUUUUGGAAACAUUCUAAACAGCCAGAGAAAACUUGACUCGAAUUCCAGCAGCAAUGGCAGCUCAGCAGAGGGUGAGGGGAGUCUUCUGACCCAUCAGAGUACAAAGCCAGACAGUGAGCUUUAUAGACCCGGAGGGGUGUGUAUGUACAGAGACAUGGUGAUAGUAAGUGACACCGGAAACAACAAGGUCAAGCUCUUCACUAAAACGGGACAGUUUGUGCAAGUCCUGGCCGUUAUGGAGUCCCCGCGAGGAGUGUGUGUGACCCGCGAGGAAAACAUUGUGAUAUCGUAUGGUGGGGUGUACAGUACCAACCAUGGAGUAAAGGUGAUUAACAUUCCACAGGGGGAUGAAGAUGAAGACAGUGUAGAAGAGGAAGAAGAAACAUAAUGGCAGUUUUAUUGAAAUAUCACUCUUUGUGGACAAGUAGAAAUGAUUAUAAUCAGGGGAGGGGGGGGAUUACUUGUUUGUUAUUAAUCUGAAAUGGCAUUUGUGAUGUCAGUGAAAUAUUAUUUUUGAAUGCAAUAUUUUUACAUAAUUAAUUUGGUGAGACAGACUGCACCAUCGGCAUACCACAUCAUAUAGAAUCAGCUUUCAAAGUAAAAUUUGAUAGAUGCAUAGACCAGAUUUGACUGGUAUUAAAUGAAUAAGACAGAAACAAAAAAGUUUAUUAUUCAAGAUUGCUACGCUCUUUAAAAUUAUUUGAACACAUAAACAUUCUAGCAUAAUACAACCUUUGUAAAUAUCUUGGUCUGAUUUAUAUUACCUCCAUAUCAGAUAUCACAGCAAUUACAGUUUUGUUUAAUUUCCUGCCUGCUGUUGGUGAGAAGCAAUUAGAUUGUGCCAAAACAAAGAAAAAUUUUAAUUCACCCUAGUGCCACUUCGUUAAUUACUUUCCUUUUUUGUAAUGUUAAUUAUUUUGUUAUAGCUAGAGUCUCUGAAAUUUGGAAGUAAAAAAACAAAAACAAAAAAAAAAAAA